GUGUCGAAGGUCAUCGAGAUGGCGGGCGGCAGGUGGAGGGAAGUGUGGCGGCUCUGUGCUCGAUGUUGGCUCCGUUCCCCUUCCCAUGGCUGGGCUCCUCCGGUCGGGCGCUGGUGCAGCAGGAGCAGCCUGUACGACCAUGUGAGGGACGGCUACUCGGACAGGCCCCGGCUGGACAUGGGGCUUGUCUGCAGUCAGACGCAGGCGCUGCUGGACAAUGUGCGGAAUCGCAAGGGGGAGCUGACCGGUGAAGAUGUGUCUGAUAUAGUAUCCACGUGGCAACAGCUGACAAAGGUAAAAGAGGACAUUGAGAAGUUAGAGAAUGAGAAAAACGAUAUCAGUGAUUCGAUUAAAGCGCUGCUGGAUAAACAAAAUAAAGAAGCACUUCAGUCGCAUCCUGAUUUCUCAAGGCUGCGAAGCAGGGGGAAGGAAAUUCGUUCAGAAUUAAAUAUACUAUAUCAUCAAGAGAGUGAGCUGGAUGAACGCUUCUUUCUGAAAGCAUUGAAACUACCCAACUGGACUCAUCCAAGUGUGCCUGUAGGUGAUGAAAGUCAGGCUGUCGUGGUUGAAGUGGUUGGUGACAAACCAGAAUUUGAUUUUGAGCCCAAGGGUCAUUUGCAAAUUGGCGAAGAGCUGGAUAUUAUUAGACAGAGGCGCCUCUCCCAUGUCUCUGGCCAUCGAUCCUACUACCUCCGAGGACCAGGCAGUGAACUGCAGCAGGCUUUGGCCCAAUUUACAAUGAGCAAGCUGCUCAAAAGGGGAUUUGAGGCAAUAUCUGUUCCUGAUAUGUUGAAAGGGGCUGUGUUUGAGGGUUGUGGAAUGAUGCCCAAUGCCAAAACAUCUCAGGUGUAUCAGCUCGAUUCUGCUCACUUCGGUGAUCUCUGUCUAGCAGGAACAGCAGAGGUUGGCAUCGCAGGGUACUUCAUGGAUCAUGCUGUUAACAUCCAGGAUCUGCCCAUGAGGAUGGUGUGCAGCAGUACGUGUUACCGAGCAGAGACAGACACAGCAAGGGAUCCCUGGGGGCUCUUUCGGGUUCACCAUUUUACCAAGGUGGAGAUGUUUGGAGUGACGGCAGCCGAGACAGGAGGCGAGAGCACAGAGUUACUGGAUGAGUUUGUGUCACUUCAGAAGGAGAUCUUCUCCGACCUUGGACUCCAUUACAAACUUCUGGAUAUGCCGACUCAGGAACUGGGGCUGCCUGCUUACCGCAAGUUUGACAUCGAAGCCUGGAUGCCUGGGAGGGGUGAUUAUGGAGAGAUAUCCAGUGCCUCCAACUGCACAGACUACCAGAGCAGAAGACUGAAUAUCAUGUACUAUGAUGAGGCAGCUCAGUUAAAAUAUGCUCACACUGUCAAUGGGACUGCCUGUGCUGUUCCGCGGACUCUGAUCGCUAUCUUGGAGUGUAACCAGAUGAAGGAUGGCAGUGUUCGUGUACCAACGGUCUUGCAGCCAUAUCUUGGCAAAGAAGUCAUCAGUCACUCCAAACACAGUCCACUGCGAUAUAUCGGACCUAACCAGUACCACAGGAAGCUGAACCAUUUGGAUUGACGGGCAUCUGGAUUUGAGGAUCCCUUCAAUGAACCAAUUUUUGAUUUGUUGAGGCUGUUGCCACAGAAAGUUGACCAAGAGCACUCAUCUCACAGGACAAGCUCUCGUUUCUUUUCUACAGCUGGGCUGGAAACAUGCAUCCUCUGCCUGAUGCAUAUCUCAAAGUCUUGCUUUCCUGCACCUAACCGAGAGACACGUCAAGAACUCUUGUUGGGAAGGUAAAGGGAAAGGACAAGGUGGAGAGGUGGGGUUGCAAUUAAGGUCUGGAGGAAGUUUGGUGCAAUCUAAUUGUAUCUUGAACAACAUUUUAAGCAUAAUUCAAAGAUUCAAGUACAUUAAUUAUCAAAGUAGGUACGCAGGAUACAAUCCUGACAUUCAUCUUCUCACAGACAGCCACGAAAUAAAGAAAACCCUGGAAUCUCUUUUAAGGAAAACUAUUUUUUAAAAAGUGAAAACAGAAUAUAUAACACCAAAUCAUAAAGACAGCAAAAGAGUCCAGCCAUAUUCUGUCAACCCAGUCCCUCGCUAUCUGCAGACCACAGCGCUAGUCGGCCCCCAUCAGAAUCGCACAAAACAGCAAUUUAAAAAGAAAGGAACAACCAGAAACGCAUCAUAGUGUGAACUACAGAAUCCAAUCCACAUACUGCCUCAAUUAAAGAGCCCAAUCCAGAUUAAGAGUCCUAUCCCCAAACCGCAUCGACUGAAGAGUCCAAACUGCGAACACAUCAGUUAAGAGUUGGGGUCAAUGGGUAACUAGUGUGUUGAUUUAAUGUACUUCACUUUGGAAAGAGGGAUUUCCCUUCCCCAUUGGCUUUGCAGCGUUGUGUAAUCCAAGGGUAAUCAUGGCGUGACAUAAUUAGCCAUUCUUCAAAACCGAUCAAAUGAGGUACCACCAGAGACAGAUUUGAAAUGUGCACCAUAUUGGUGACUGGCUGACCCAACAAGGGAGACUGGCAAGGCUGGCCUUCCCGAGAACAUCACCUUGACUUCUUAUCAAAGGAUCUACCUUAUCUCCCACAUGCAUUUACAUGUAUUAGGACUUUGCUGUGAUGUUUUGACAUGACAUGCAACAAAAAACAAUGUUUAACAAUUUGAAAGAUUUGUCUAAAAAUAAAGUCAGAGAUUAAAGUAUGGAAAUGGAGUAAAAUGUGCGCAAAUAUCUGCAUAUAUUUACAAUGUGAACA